AUAGCUGUGACCCCGCCCCUGCUCAGGAAGCGCUCACACACGCGCCAUGGAUAGCAGGAAGGUGGCGGAGCUGCAGGAGUUCGUGCGGUUGUGUCAGGCCCAGCCCGGGGUACUGCACUUACCGGAGCUCAGCUUCUUCCGGGAAUGGCUGCUCAGUAUGGGAGCAUCUAUCCCUUCCUCCCCGACUAAAGAGUCGUCAUCAGACACGUCGGCGGAGGAGCCAGUGAAAGACGAGCGAGCACCCACCCCACCGCCGCAGCCCGAGACAGACGAGAGUGACCUGGAGAUUGAUAACGAGGGAGUUAUUGACCCUGAUGAGGAUGAACCGCAGGAGAUGGGCAAUGAAGACGAAGAGAUUACAGAAGAAAUGAUGGACCAGGCCAAUGAAAAGAAAGUGGAAGCAAUAAACGCUCUGGGAGAUGGAGAUCUAGAGAAAGCCAUUAACCUGUUCACUGAGGCAAUAAAGCUGAACCCUCGGCUUGCUAUUUUAUAUGCAAAGAGAGCGAGUGUAUACGUAAAGCUGCAGAAGCCAAGAGCUGCUAUCAGGGACUGCGACAAAGCCAUAGCCAUUAAUCCUGACUCGGCACAGCCGUACAAGUGGAGAGGGAAAGCACACAGGCUGUUGGGGCACUGGGAGGAAGCUGCACAAGAUCUGGCCACAGCGUGUAAACUGGAUUAUGAUGAGGAUGCAAGCACCUUGCUGAAAGAGGUUCAGCCACGGGCUCAGAGGAUUGCAGAGCAUCGCAGGAAAUACGAGAGGAAACGCGAGGAGAAGGAAAUAAACGAGAGAAAGGAGCGACUAAAGAAAGCCAGAGAGGAACAUGAGCGAGCACAGAGGGAGGAGGAGGAAAGACGACAAGCAGGGCCCCAGUUUGGAGGGUUUCCAGGUGGCUUUCCAGGCAUGGGCGGUAUGCCAGGCAUGGGCGGUAUGCCAGGCAUGGGCGGUAUGCCAGGCAUGGGCGGUAUGCCAGGCAUGGGCGGUAUGCCAGGCAUGGGCGGUAUGCCAGGAGUCAAUGAUAUCCUUUCUGACCCCGAGGUGCUGGCUGCCAUGCAGGACCCAGAGGUAAUGGCUGCUUUCCAGGAUGUGGCUCAGAACCCAGCAAACAUAUCCAAGUAUCAGAGCAACCCCAAGGUGAUGAACCUGAUCAGUAAGCUGUCCUCUAAGUUCGGGGGCAGCGCUUAGCCCGGCGGAAGGAUCAGAGGCUGCGUGACGUGCGCUGCUAGAUGGUCAGCUCCGCAGAACAGGGGGAAAUGAAGACUCUAGAGGGAAAUUAUAUCAAUGUUGUUUUUAUUUCUGUCUGGGCCACAAUCAAUUGAAAUCUGUAAUAUGCAGCAUAUGGAGCCCCUGGGCCUCACGUCUUUAGAUCAUGUUAGGAGGCGCACACACUACAGACGAGGUAUAACCCUGGGCAGUUACUGUUAGCUGAUCACUGUUAGAGGAGGUGGCGCACGCGCUACAGACGAGGUAUAACCCGGGGCACGUACCGUUGGCUCUGCACUAGGUUAGGCAGAUGCAUCCUGUAUAAAACGUAUCAUGUGAUAACUGUAUGCAGAAACUAUACAAUAAAUCACAAGUUUCAUGUAAA